CCCCCCCUCAUGGUAUCGUCGCGGGCUGCGAAUGAAGAACCUGAUCCCGAGUCCAUAGAGCCUAAUUAUGGUCCACAUUUGCGCUAUGCAAGCAGGUCUCGCAAUACCGGUCGACCGUAUGAACAAAGAUUGGCCAUGUCGUCGAGGUUAUCGCCAUUCUGGCAGACGAAAAGCGGAAUAGCGCUUAUUGGACUGGUGGUUCUGGCGGUGAUCGGUGCGGUGGUAGGAGGGGUAGUGGGAGGGAGAGCGGCGAGGAAGAGUGAGAAAAAUGAGGGCCCGCCCAGUGCGACGACAUCACCGUUCCAUACGCAAACGACAGCUUCGUCAACUACGGUCACAUCCACGAUUUCCCCUUCCUAGCCGGGGAAUCCAUCGUGCUCGGAGAGUCGUGCUACUUUGGCGCCUUCGUAUUUCGUGAACAAUUUACCUGGGUUUUAUGUUGUCUUUUUCUUUCGGGUCUUCGGGGUUUCUGGUUGGCAACGAAGAUAACCUCCCAUCACGAUGAUUGAAUGGAUUCCGUUUGACCAUCGAGGAAUGUCUUGCCAUUUAUCAUGCUGUUUUCUGUACUAUAUGUUCUGCUGCUGUUCUGCUGACUCUGUUGUCAAUCUGCAAAGCUACAUAGGGGUUGAAUACGACGUACAUUCAUC